GAUCCCGGAGGUUCGUAAUUUCUGUUUUGCUUUUUGCAGGUAAGGGAGCUGGAAACAUGGCCUGCUCUCCCCUUUGGCUCUUCUCCGUCCUCCUCCUCCGUCCAACGGCCACCGGCGCGCUCAGCUCGGGACCCAGGAUGGCCUCUAACUCCCCUGAAGAUGACAAUAGCUUCCCGAGCCGGGACCCUUGGAUGCAUUCCCUGAGGGUCGCCCCGUACCCCCACAAACAAGGGCCGGAGAACCAGCACGUGGACCACGACGGGAUGCUCCCCGGGUCCCCAGGCUCCAGCGAAGUCGGCAAUCCUCUGCUCCCGAGCUGGCCUGGCUUGGAGGGGCCAGAACUGAGGGUGAUGGAACGCCCCGCCGACCUCCGGCAGAAAGAUGCCUUCGUGGGCUUUGCGUUCCCAUAUCCCGAGCAGGAGAACCGCGCCCCGGCGCCCGAGAGGGGGAAGAAGCCGGCCCAGGCGCAUCGGCGGCACAGCCGCAGGAAGAGACUGAAGCAGCAUCGAGGGAAAGGCUCCAAGCUGAGACCGAGGGCCUUGGUGAAGAAGCCGGGCAACCUUGCUGAGCACCUCCGGCCCCUCCAUGGGGAAGGGGCUUCGGCUGGCUUGGUCCCCACCUCCCUCCCCAGCCCCGCCCCCCAGAUGUUGACCGAGGAGCCCUUCCCUGCCCGAGCCAUCUCCUCUCGGCCCCAGCUCCACGCCUGGCAAGAGGGCGACGUCAUGCCCACCCUGGACAUGGCCCUCUUCGACUGGACCGACUACGAAGACCUCCGGCUGGACAUGUGGCCGUCCAGCAGGAAGAAAGAGAAAUGGCAGAGCCAGAGAGGGGGCAACGAGACGUCGUCCGCCGAAGGGGAGCCCUGCGAUCAUCACCUCGACUGCCUCUCAGGCAGCUGCUGUGAUCUGCGAGGACGCCUCUGCAAGCUGCAUAACCGUGGCCUGAACAACAAGUGUUAUGACGACUGCAUGUGCAGUGAAGGUCUCCGCUGCUACGCCAAAUUCCACCGGAAUCGAAGGGUCAUCCGACGGAAAGGCCGCUGCGUAGAGCCAGAAUCCGCAGACAGAGAUCAAGGAUCGUUUGUUAAUGUCUAGGACAGGGUUUCUCAACCUUGGCGGCUUUCAGAUGCGUGGACUUCAACUCCCAGAAUUCCCCA